AUGUACCGAAUUGUCGGAGCUAGUCGGUCGAGAAGGCAAAACGACGAGAUGCUGUUCCGAGCGGCGAAGACGGUGGUAUGCUGCACUCUCGGGCCCAUCGUAUGGGGAUUGCUAUCCCUGCUCUUCCUCCUCCUUAUCGCCCUUGGAAUCACGGCACUUGUGCUCUACUUCGUGUACAAACCGCAGCUACCUGAGUGCGACGUACAGAACGUAACAGUAAACAGACUGAACGUCACUCGCCUGACUUCGUUUCCCUUCAACGAAACGGCCUACGCAGCUCUAGCCACCUUGAGCGCCGCCGACAGAGCAGCCGCAUUGGGCGUCCCAGGCAACUACAGCGCCAAAUCAACUGACCCAUCCUCGCCAUCAGCAUCUCCGUUAUUAGCAUCUCCACUAGAUGCUCUCGGGAAUGCCACCGUGCCGCCAAGGCUCGGUCUGAAUGCUGACGUGGGAUUCACGCUGGAGACGCGGAAUCCGAACAAGGUCGCCAUUGAUUAUAAAUACGUGAAUGUGUCGAUUAUUUACAGAGGCGUCACUGUGGGAAACUCGUCGAUUCCGCCAUUCACGCAGCAGGCGCAGACCAACACGAGUGUACCAGCAGAGCUCCUAGUGCUAGACUUCCCACUCGAUAUAGUCACGGGGCCUGUCAUGCUGGCAGAUUUGAACGCUGGAAACGUUCCCCUACAGUUGCUGCUUCAACUAGGGGCACGGAUUAACAUUUUAGGGGUGGCAUCUCCGUUUGCUCUGGUGAGUCCGCAUGCCCUUUCUCUUCCCUGUAAUCUGGGUUGGUUUGUUGUGCGAUGUCACAGCUGA